GCUGGACAGGGACAGGGAGUGGGGCUUGCAGCAUGGGCUGGGGUCAUGCUCCCAGCAGCAAGGCUGGGCACGCACCGAGAUGUCCAAGCACAGAGAGGCCCUGGUUAAAUCCCAUCGGCCGGCUGUGCCCUUCUCGGCGGCUGCAGGAAUUCAGCCCUUCGCCACGGUGUGGGACCAGAGCAGGAGCAUCCCUCCUGCCCGCUGGGCCGGCUUGCGGGCCCAGGUAGAAGCGAGACAGCGCCCAGUACCCACUGGCAGCAGCUGCGAGUGGGACAAGGACUUGCGGCUCUCGGGAGGAGCAGAUCCCAGCACGGAGCUGCGCUGUGCCCUGAACCCACCCCCAGAGGCUGCUGAGGCUCACACGGAACGGGGAGCGCAGCCCGGGGGGGAAGUGACCCGUCUGAGGCAUGGCGGAGCCCGGCCCUGGUACCCUGCCCCCGGUCCCUGUCCCGCCCGGGGCUCUGGCCCGUGUCCCGCCCUUCCGGCUCGAGUCCCGCGGCUCCGGCCGGGAGGUGGCAGCCGUGAGCGCCCCGGCGUCCCUUGCGCCACCUCCGGCAGCGGCGGCGGCGGCGGGGCCGGGGCUGCAGAGCACCCCCCGUGCCGGGGCCAUGGAGCCGGUGCCCGGGCGGCAGUGGCAGAAGGUGCUGUACGAGCGCCAGCCUUUCCCCGAUAACUACGUGGACCAGCGGUUCCUGGAGGAGCUGCGGAAGAACGUGCACGCCCGGCAGUACCGGUACCAGGCCGUGGUCUUCCAGUCGGGAGUCGUGGUGCAGCAGCUGUGCAGCGUCUGCGUCUUCGUGCUCACCUGGUGGUAUAUGGACGCCGGGAUAUUGAGCCCGCAGGGCCUUUUCGGGGCGGCGCUGGUGUCCUCCCUGCUCGGCUACGUCCUGUUCGACGCCGUGGACGGCGGGGCCGGGCGCUGGGCGAGCGGGCGGACGCGCUGGGCUGACCUCAAGAGCACGCUGGUGUUCGCCGCCUUCACCUACGGCUUCUCGCCCGUGCUGAAGACGCUGACCGAGUCCAUCAGCACGGACACCAUCUACGCCAUGUCGGCCCUCAUGCUCCUGGGGCACCUCAUCUUCUUCGACUACGGCGCCAACGCCGUCAUUGUGUCCAGCACGCUGUCCCUCAACAUGGCCAUCUUCGCCUCGGUGUGCCUGGCCUCGCGCCUGCCACGCGCCCUGCACGCCUUCGUCAUGGUGACCUUCGCCAUGCAGAUCUUCGCCCUGUGGCCCAUGCUGCAGAAGAAGCUGAAGGCGCGGACGCCGCGCUGCUAUGUGGGGGUCACGGUGCUCUUUGCUCUGGCAGCGCUGGCAGGGCUGGCCACGGUGUCAAGCGUGGGCGCUGUGCUCUUCGCCUCCCUGCUGCUCGCCGUCUCCUGCCUCUGCCCCUACUGCCUCAUCCGCCUCCAGCUGCUCAAGGACAACAUCCACGGGCCGUGGGAUGAGGCUGAAAUCAAGGAGGACCUCUCCAGGUUCCUCAUGUAGGCCUGGGGGACCCUCUGCUGUCAGCAGUGGAAGGUCCUGGCUGGGGGACGGCCCUGUGGGGGUUUACACCUGAGCCAAUAAAGUCUCUCACAAGGACCA